AUGGGAAUAGAACUAGAAUCAGUAGAAUCUGGCGAAUUGCCUCUGGAUGUCGUGAUCGGGAUUCUGUCUCGAAUUCCGGUGAAAACCCUUUUCCGAUUCAAGUCCGUCUGCACAACUUGGGACGCCAUGAUUCCAACCAGUCCGUACCUCGUUUCCACGCACCUCAAAAACUACACCAGGGCCUCCCUCUUGUGCAGCUACCACGAGCGUGGCACGCGAUUGGUUUCACUUUCCCCUGAAGAUGAUGAUCCCGCCCAACCGCCGACCACUCUGGCUACCGGCGAUCUCGCGAGGCUCGUCUGCGGCGCCGGCAACGGCGUGUUCCUUCUCGGUGGUCCGAAUGUGUUCCAAUCUGGUCAUUACCACUUAUGGAACCCAGCAACGCGAGAAAUCAGGCAGCUUCCCGACCCACCUCUGGCUCUGGAGCUCGACCCAUCUCAUCCUCUGCAUCACUAUCUCUGGCACUACUCUGAUUACUGUGGAAUUGGGCUAACCGAUGACGAUAUCAAAGUCGUUCUGAUUCGUAACUAUGUAUAUCGUGGUCCUCGUUACAAUGUCCUCCCACCUGACCUCGGUUACCCCUCACCGGUUUUUGUGUAUACAUUGCGGAGUAACUGCUGGAGGGAGCUGCCCGAAAGGUAUUCGUACCAGGAAAAGCGAGAAUUGACCCACAGCAUGUUCAGGUGGUGUACAUACUUUGAAGGGUUUCUCUACCGUCUCUCUAUGGAUCGCCAUGGGAUUUUCGUGGUGGCGUUCGACAUGGCGACUGAUGUUUUCCACAAGAUAACUUGUCCUUUCGGCGCUGCUUGUUGGAGCUGCAAUCUUAGCGUGUACGGUGAUUCGUCGAUUGCUCUGUUUCGGCAGUUGGAUAGUUUGAGUGUGGAAGUGUGGCUGCUGAGUAGAAGUGGUGGGGGAUGGUAUUGGAUGAAGCAUUCAAGCCUCGACCCUCUCCCUGAACAAUUACAUGUGCAAGGGUGGUGGAAGGAUGAUCAACUUGUUGCUCAGACUUCGGGUCCUCGGAACGAUAUGGUAUUGUUUGAUAUGACUACUCAAGAGUGUAAGUUGUUGAUACCCAAUUGCAUGCUCGAGCGCUGGAAUGUCUACAAAGAAAGUUUGUUCCGCAUUGAAUGA